CCCUGGUCCGGGUCCCGGUCUGGACAGCAUGCUGACCGUGUUGCUGAGCAGCGCGCUGGCCGCCCUGCUGGCCCUGCUGCUCUACCAGCGGACCUUCCUCCCGUUCCUCUGGCAGGACGCGCGCUUCUACCUGCGGCUGCGCGGCUUCUCGCGCACCGUGCAGAGCCGCAUGCGGAGCGGGGUGCUCAGCCUGGCCGACUGCCUGGCCCGCCAGGCGAGCCGCGCCCCGGACAGACCCUUCGUGGUGUUCGGGGAGCGGACCUGGACCUACGGCGAGGUGGACCGGAGGAGCAACCGCUUCGCCCGGGCGCUGCGGGCCGAGGCGGGGCUGCGGCCCGGGGCCGUGGCGGCGCUGCUCAUGAGCAACGAGCCGGACUUCCUGUGCGCCUGGUUCGGCCUCAGCAGGCUGGGCUGCCAGGCCGCCUUCAUCAACGUCCACCUGAAGCCCGCAGCCCUGCUGCACUGCCUGCUCACCUGCGGAGCCUCCACCCUGCUGCUGGGCGCAGACCUGCUGCCCCUGGUGCAGGAGGUUCGGUCCGAGCUGCAGAAGCAGAAGGUGUGUGUGUGGGUGGUGGAUCACACGUCGCCCUCCGAGGACUUCCACACCCUGCUGGACAAGGUGGACGCGGCGUCCGGAGAACCCCUGACCGACGCCCCCAAGGUCCAGAUCACGUCCAACUUCCUCUACAUCUUCACAUCUGGCACCACAGGGCUCUCCAAGGCGGCCCGGGUGGGUCAUCUGAAAGCCAUCGCCAGCAUGGCCUUCUUUCACAUCUGUGGAGCCACGUCUGAGGACGUCAUCUACAUCACUCUGCCUCUGUACCACAUGUCGGCCUCGCUGCUGGGGAUCGGAGGGUGUAUCCACCUGGGUGCAACGUGUGUGUUGAAGAAGAAGUUCUCUGCCCGUCAGUUCUGGCCGGACUGUGUGAAGCACAAAGUGACGGUGGUGCAGUACAUCGGGGAGCUGUGCAGAUAUCUGCUCAACCAGCCGCCGGUUCCUGAGGAGAAACUCCACCGUGUGCGGCUGGCGGCGGGCAGCGGCCUCCGCCCAGACGUCUGGAGGAAGUUCGUCUCGCGCUUCGGUUCCAUCAGAGUCCGAGAAGGCUACGGCCUGACGGAGGCCGGCGUGGGCUUCCUCAACUACACCGACGAGGUGGGGCCGAUCGGACGGGCCGGAUACUUCAACAAGCUCUCCAUGCCCUUCGAGCUGCUCAGGUUCGACCCUCACACCUUCGAGGCCGUGCGCACGCCGUCGGGGAGAUGCCUGAAGGCAGAAGCAGGUGAGGCCGGGAUCCUGGUGGCUCCCCUCACCGCCAGGAACCAGUUCUCGGGCUACGCUGGGAACCAGCAGCAGUCGGAGAAGAAGCUGCUGCGAGACGUGUUCCAGCCCGGAGACGUGUACUUCAACACCGGGGACCUGCUGCUCCGGGACCACAGGGACUUCCUGUACUUCCGGGACCGCGUCGGAGACACCUUCAGGUGGAAAGGAGAGAACGUUUCCACCAUGGAGGUCUCAGAGGUUUUAGGCCUCCUCCCCUUCAUCCAGGAGGCGAACGUCUACGGAGUCACGGUCCCGGGUGGGUCAGAGGGCUUCAUCAGAAAAGCUUCAGAGGAGACCAGAGGAGGAUCGGAGGGUCGGGCUGGCAUGGCUGCUGUGGUUCUGAAGCAGGAUCACUCGUUGGACGGCGAACAGCUUUACCGGCAGCUGGAGGAAAGCCUUCCUGCGUACGCCUGGCCCUGGUUUGUGAGAAUACAGACGUCCUUAGACGUGACGGACACUUUCAAGCAGCAGAAGACGAAGCUGGUGCAGGAAGGCUUCAACCCGCAGCUCACCGGCGACCCUCUGCUCUUCCUAGACGCUUCCCAGAAGACCUUCGUCCCGCUGAACUCGGCGCUGUACGAAGACAUCGUUUCUGGAAACGUCCGUUUUUAGAGGCGUGGACGGCAGCAUCCUCAGUGCACAUAAGCUAAACGAGCUGUGACUGUUUUAGACGUUUUAUCUAACGCCACGCUGUAGUUCUUUAUACUGAAUUCAAGCUGUCGUCAGAUUCUGAAUUUAGUGUUUGUGUAAAUAGUCUGUUUUUAGAACUAUCAGCUGUGUUUUUGUGAAGAUGUCCAGGUAUCUCAGGUGGUCCGAGGACUUUAAAGACCUGCUUCAUUUCAUUCCUGCACGCGGCAGCAACAUGAGGAGGGAAUCAAACCAGCAACCGUCUCAUCUUCUCUCCAACAGGAGAGCGAGGACUCUCUGGUCUUCACCAGCUUUCCCCUUCUUCUCCGUCAAACUGUGUCACUGUUAACAGAAAGAGACGCAAAACACCUCGAUUCACAUUCCAGAAAACGAAUGAUUAAAGGACCCGAGCUCAGGAAUUACUGGGAAACAGCUGUCUUCUUUACUCCAUUCUCACUUUUUGGUGUCUUUUAGACAAUGAAACCUGUUUUUGAUGCUCAUUUAUGGGCUCUACACACGGCGCACAAUGAAGAGCAGCGACAGCGACACACUCCACACUGUACAGAUGCACGGAUCGCUUGAAGUAACCAAAAUUUUUGUUGACGUUCACUGUCAAAAGAAACAAACAACCCUGGGUCCAUCAUAGAUUACAAACGAAAGAGCAUGGAGAAUAUCACCAUUUAAUGCAAGAUCUCAAGGAAGA